ACACGUCCCCGCGCGCACGCCCGAGCGGCUCUCUCCGCGCCGGGCCCUGCUCCCUUUUCGCCCAUGCCGACGGACGGAGCGACGGAAGAUGGCUGACGACUCCACGGGGCACCGAGGAUGCAGCCGUGCGGCGGCGUUGGCGGCGGGAGCAGCAGCGGCAGCAGCGGCGGCGGCGGCGCGGGCAGCGGCGGCGUUGGCGGCGUUGGCGGCGUUGGAGGCGGCGGUGGCGGCAGCAGCAGCGGCAGCAGGAGCAGGAGCGGCGGCGGCGGCAUCCCCGAGACUCCCCGAGCUAGCUUCCCCAGUGACAGCCGCUGACGUGCUCCGCCGCUAGACGAGAGACCCCGGCUCCUCGGCGCCGGCCUCCCCCUCGCGCGCCCCGGCCCCGCCAAAGCCCCGCCAGCGCCGCUACCUCUCCGCCAGCGUUGCCACCAUCAGCACCACCUCCACCGCCACCGCCACCACAGCCACCACCGCCAGCGCCGGCGGUGGCGGCAGCAGCCAUUUCAUCUCCGCAGAAACCAGACACAAAAACAUGGCAGAGAUGGAGAAAGAGGGGAGACCUCCGGAAAAUAAAAGGAGCAGGAAACCGGCCCACCCAGUGAAAAGGGAAAUCAACGAGGAGAUGAAGAACUUUGCAGAAAACACCAUGAAUGAACUCCUUGGCUGGUAUGGCUAUGAUAAGGUUGAAUUAAAAGAUGGUGAAGAUAUUGAAUUCAGGAGCUACCCUACAGAUGGGGAGAGCCGGCAGCACAUUUCUGUUCUCAAAGAAAAUUCUAUGCCAAAACCAAAAUUACCUGAGGACAGUGUUAUUUCGCCAUACAAUAUAAGCACAGGCUAUUCAGGGCUUGCCACUGGAAACGGACUCAGUGACUCACCUGCAGGGCCCAAGGAUCAUGGCAAUGUGCCCAUUAUCGUACCUUUAAUUCCACCACCUUUUAUAAAGCCACCAGCAGAAGAUGAUGUGUCAAAUGUACAAAUAAUGUGUGCCUGGUGCCAGAAAGUGGGGAUCAAGCGCUAUUCCCUGAGUAUGGGAAGUGAGGUGAAAAGCUUCUGCAGUGAGAAGUGCUUUGCAGCGUGCCGGCGAGCCUACUUCAAGAGAAACAAGGCUAGAGAUGAAGAUGGACAUGCUGAAAAUUUUCCCCAGCAGCACUAUGCUAAGGAAACUCCAAGGCUUGCCUUCAAGAAUAACUGCGAACUACUUAGCUCCUGCACCACAGUGAGGGCGCAGCUGACUUCUGGGCUCCCAGACAACCAGGAGCACGUGGCUGACAGGCUCAUCCUCCGGGCCACCCGCACAGACACAAAGUUCCCUGGCCAGGUAUGUGACUGGUGUAAGCACAUAAGACACACAAAAGAAUACCUGGAUUUUGGGGACGGGGAAAGGCGGCUUCAAUUCUGCAGCGCCAAAUGUCUCAAUCAAUACAAAAUGGACAUUUUCUACAAAGAGACACAGGCCAAUCUUCCAGCUGGGCUGUGCGGCACACUGCACCCUCCCCUGGAAAAUAAAGCAGAAGGCUCCGGGGUGCAGCUGCUCACGCCAGACUCUUGGAAUCUCCCGCUCACAGAUGCCCGCAGGAAGGCCCCCUCCCCGGGGGCUGCCGCUGGCCAAAAUCAGGGCCCCGGACCCUCGGCGGCGGCGGCAUCGUCCACCACUGUCUCUCCCUCCGACACUGCCAACUGCUCUGUCACGAAAAUCCCCACGCCAGUGCCCAAGUCUAUCCCCAUCAGCAGCGAGACGCCAAACCUCCCACCUGUCUCCGUCCAGCCUCCUGCGGGCAUCGGGCCUCCACUGGGCGUCCCGCCUCGCAGCCCUCCCAUGGUGAUGACCAACCGCGGCCCGGUGCCGCUGCCCAUCUUCAUGGAGCAGCAGAUCAUGCAGCAGAUCCGCCCGCCCUUCAUCCGCGGGCCCCCACACCACGCCUCCAACCCCAACAGCCCCCUCCCCAACCCCAUGCUGCCCGGCCUCGGCCCCCCGCCGCCUGGCGGCCCCCGCAACCUGGGCCCCACCUCCAGUCCCAUGCACCGGCCUAUGCUGUCCCCUCACAUCCACCCGCCCAGCACGCCCACUCUGCCCGGGAACCCCCCGGGCCUGCUGCCCCCGCCGCCUCCGCCCCCUCCACCGCCGCCGGGCGCGCCCUUGCCCAGUCUUCCCUUCCCGCCGGUGAGCAUGAUGCCAAACGGCCCAAUGCCGGUGCCACAGAUGAUGAACUUCGGGCUGCCGUCGCUCGCCCCGCUGGUGCCGCCCCCAACCCUGCUCGUGCCAUACCCAGUGAUCGUGCCCCUGCCGGUGCCCAUCCCUAUCCCCAUCCCCAUCCCCCACGUCAACGACUCCAAGCCCCCCAACGGGUUUUCCAGUAACGGGGAGAACUUCAUUCCGAGCGCCCCUGGUGACUCCUCGGCGGCGGCGGGGGGCAAGCCGGGUGGACACUCCUUGUCCCCGCGGGACUCCAAGCAGGGUUCGUCCAAGACGUCCGACUCUCCGCCCGGCUGCUCCGGCCAGGCCCUGAGCCUGGCGUCUGCCGAGCCCAGUCGGAGCGAGGUGGUGGACCUGACGCGGCGCGCCACCAGCCCCCCGGGCACGGGUGGCCCGCUAGGUGGUGGCUUCCCGGGCAGUAUGCUGCUGCACGGCCCGCAGGACGGCGUCAUCGACCUGACCGUGGGCCACCGGGCCCGGCUGCACAACGUGAUACACCGCGCGCUGCACGCGCACGCCAAGGCGGAGCGCGAUCCGGGCGCCGCCGAGCGCAGGACCUGCGGCGGCUGCAGAGACGGCCACUGCAGUCCGCCCGCCGCCGGCGACCCGGGCCCGGGCGCCCCCGCAGGCCCCGAGGCCGCUGCGGCCUGCAACGUCAUCGUGAACGGGACGCGCAGCGCACCUGCAGCCGCCGCCACCGAGGGCGCCAAGGGCGCGGAGCCUCCGCCCGAGCAGCCGCCGCCGCCGCCACCACCCCCGCCGCCACCUCCGCCCGCACCCCCCAAGAAGCUGCUGUCGCCCGAGGAGCCGGCCGUGAGCGAGCUGGAGUCGGUGAAGGAGAACAACUGCGCUUCCAACUGCCACCUGGACGGGGAGGCGGCCAAGAAGUUGAUAGGGGAGGAGGCCCUGGCGGGGGGCGACAAAUCAGACCCGAACCUGAAUAACCCCGCGGACGAGGACCACGCCUACGCUCUGCGAAUGCUGCCCAAGACCGGCUGCGUGAUCCAGCCUGUGCCAAAACCCGCCGAGAAGACUGCCAUGGCGCCGUGCGUCAUCUCGCCCAUGCUCAGCGCCGGGCCCGAGGACUUGGAGCCGCCGCUCAAAAGGAGGACCGCUCGCUCACAGGGUACCUUGCAUGGAGAGAGGGCGCAGAGCAAACCAUGUCAACGCCAUCCAAUGACACCAGCUGGUCAGCUCACCACCCCCUCUGGCAACAACUCAAGCAAAUAAAACUGCUUCCUGUCAUUAAGUGUCUUGGAGGAAACAGCCCUCCCUCGGUGGCCUGGAGCCCAGAGAAGUCAGUGGCGUCUUGGACCCACCUAGCGGGCCCAGCCUUUCUGCUGCCACCAUCUCUGCUUCUUCCUGGAGGAACUGAGGGAUUUUUGUCCCUGGUUUCUGGUUUUCAAAAGAACAAACAAAAAACAGAGCACCACCAAGCCACAAGGACCAAUGUAGGUAUUCUCCCCGCCCCAUCUAGGGCUCAGCAGCUGAAGCUGGAAGAGGAUAGUGGAUUGGAAAACAGAAAUCUUUUGUUUUUAAUCUUUUAAAAAAACUGCUGUGGUUUUGCUGCUACACUAAGAAUUGUGAUUUGCAUUGUACAGUUUUCGAACCUAUGCUGUCCCUGUUUGGAUGGCAGAGAAGGGGGGGUGGCGCCGGCGUCCCCGCACCUCAGGUGCGUCCCCACCCCAGCCCAGGAUGCACUUUGAAAUGAAGAGUUAGAAUAUUUUAUUGGCUAAUAUUACUUUUCUUGUUAUUUUUUACAAAGGCCACCUUUAUCCUUUAGGAUGCCAUAUUUUCAGUGUUACACUUUUCUGGCUUUUAAUUUUCAAGUUGACAGAUGUAAGAAGCAGCAUGAAUAGUUUAUACUGUGGUUUUUUUCAGAGACUGAAUGCCAAGAGACCUCGGUCAAUGUUUAUUCUUCUCAGCUUUCUCUUUAAAUCCAGCCCCCCCACCUCCUCAAUAGUGCUCCAUUUGGGAACAGAGCAGGAGUGUGGAACUGAAGACCAAAAUGCCCUCAAGGUGUAAAAUAAUCCGAGGGGAGGGGAGGGGGAAAUCUUUGCUGGGCGUCACGAAAGACUCAGAUGAAAUUCCACCCCCCGAUGGUUUUCGGUGAUCCAGGAAGUCCAUGAGACAAUCUCCCUAUACUCAGAACCCUUUCAUGAUAAUGAGAAUGGUAUGGACAGACCAAUGAAAACAAGCGGGAAAGUGAGAAAGAUUGCCCGUGAUUCUGUUUCACUGUUUGCUUUCUCCUGUCAUGGUAAAGAGAAAUGUGCAAUUGGAUCCUCGGUCGGUGGUGGAGGGUAACAGGGUAGAUUUACUUGUGUGCACUUGUGCAGUGGUAGCUGCGCGUCCAGCGUCCUCUAGAGCAUGUGUGCUGGCACUGAGUUGGUGAGACAGUCGUGGAAUAUCCCAUUCUGAUGAGUACAGAAAAAAAAUUAAGGAAAAAAAAUCAAAAAGAAAAAAAAGGAAAAAAAAAAACAAAGCAAAA